GGGACGUCCGGGGACGCGCACGCAUCCGGCCCGCGGUGCGCGCGCAGGUUGGUGCGUCGGUCGGGGGCGCGCUCGGGUAACCUGUACCCCACGUAGUCGCCGGUUACCGAUCCGACUUAAGUUCCAGUGGUGAUUUGCAAGGCAAGUUAAAAUGUCUCCAGAAGUGGCCUUGAACCGAAUUUCUCCAAUGCUCUCUCCGUUCAUAUCUAGCGUGGUCCGUAAUGGGAAAGUGGGACUGGAUGCUACAAACUGUUUGAGGAUAACUGACUUGAAAUCGGGCUGCACGUCAUUGACUCCUGGACCCAACUGUGACCGAUUUAAGUUGCAUAUACCAUAUGCUGGAGAGACAUUAAAAUGGGAUAUAAUUUUCAAUGCCCAGUACCCAGAGCUGCCUCCCGAUUUUAUCUUUGGAGAAGAUGCUGAGUUCCUGCCAGACCCCUCAGCUCUGCAUAACCUUGCCUCCUGGAAUCCAUCAAACCCUGAAUGUCUCUUACUGGUGGUGAAGGAACUUGUGCAACAGUAUCACCAGUUUCAGUGCAGCCGCCUCCGUGAGAGCUCCCGCCUCAUGUUCGAAUACCAGACGUUACUGGAAGAGCCACAGUAUGGAGGGAACAUGGAGAUUUAUGCCGGGAAAAAGAACAACUGGACUGGUGAAUUUUCAGCUCGUUUCCUUUUGAAGUUGCCAGUGGAUUUCAGCAAUAUUCCCACGUACCUGCUCAAGGAUGUGAAUGAAGACCCAGGAGAAGAUGUGGCCCUCCUUUCUGUCAGUUUUGAGGACACUGAAGCCACUCAGGUGUACCCGAAGCUGUACUUGUCACCCCGAAUUGAACAUGCACUUGGCGGCUCCUCGGCUCUUCAUAUCCCGGCUUUUCCAGGAGGAGGCUGUCUCAUUGAUUAUGUUCCCCAAGUGUGCCACCUGCUCACCAACAAGGUGCAGUAUGUGAUUCAAGGCUAUCACAAAAGAAGAGAGUAUAUUGCUGCCUUCCUCAGCCACUUUGGCACGGGUGUCGUGGAAUAUGAUGCAGAAGGCUUUACAAAACUCACUCUGUUGCUGAUGUGGAAAGAUUUUUGUUUCCUUGUACACAUUGACCUGCCCCUGUUUUUCCCUCGAGAUCAGCCAACUCUCACAUUCCAGUCUGUCUAUCACUUUACCAACAGUGGACAGCUUUAUUCCCAGGCCCAGAAGAACUACCCAUACAGCCCCCGAUGGGAUGGAAAUGAAAUGGCCAAAAGAGCAAAGUGGACAUCCCCUCAUUGCCUCUCACGGCUUCAGCAUGUCUGCCAUCUGCCUUUAAGGCUUAUUUCAAAACCUUUGUCCCUCAGUUCCAGGAGGCAGCGUUUGCCAAUGGAAAGCUCUAGGAAACACCAGUCUUGAGAGGUAGCCAGCCAGACUUCUCUGUCCACAUGCGUGUCAGCACAUAUGACUGCUUCCUGGAAGCCAUUGGAAUGUCUUCAUGGCAGCGUUUCGCUCACACAGCAGCUUUGCUCCCCGACUGGAACCCAGACUUGAGCUGGCUGGCGGGAACCUGGGUCCCAGAGCCCCCCCGCCUCUGGUGGCUCCCUCUUUGUUUCCUGCAGUAUAUUUCUUAGUUGAAAGAAAUAAAGUCACAAAUCAUGAUGCCGUAUUUUUCCAGGGAAAGUAAGACAUCCUAAAUGCACACACCCUGAUUCCAAAGCCUUUGUCUCUGAGACCUCUUUGUAAGUUUUCAGAUUAAACACACCUUUGCUUUUCUCUUUCCCCCGAAACUAGUGCCUGUGUGUUUCACACCCCAGUGUUUCUCAUUUUGGACAGUCCUCCACUUGUAAAGGUGCUGCCUGAAUGAGUCUGACCAGCUGGCAGGGUUUCAGCCACUUCCCAGCUGGGCCCAAGACCGGUGCUCAGGAACAACUAGGUUCCAGCACCAGCCUCACUUCCAGGCCCUUGUGUGUACUCCAUGUACAAAGCCCAUCCUGACCCAGAAGGCAGUCAUUAAAGUCAUUAAAGCUUGU